GAGCCGCUAGGCACAGAACCGGAAACUUGGAAACAAAGUUCGGAGCCCCGCCCUCGCCUCGCGCUGCCCAGCCGUCUGGCCCCGCCGACCCACGACCCACCGGCCCGCGGAUCCACACAUCGGCCCGGCUCUAGCGUACGCCAUGUCUGGUUCCUCCAGCGUCGCCGCUAUGAAGAAAGUGGUUCAGCAGCUCCGGCUGGAGGCUGGGCUCAACCGCGUGAAGGUUUCCCAGGCAGCUGCAGACUUGAAACAAUUCUGUCUGCAGAAUGCUCAACAUGACCCCCUGCUGACUGGAGUGUCUUCAAGUACAAAUCCCUUCAGACCUCAGAAAGUCUGUUCCUUUUUGUAGUAAAAUGGAUCUUCAAAGGUUUCCAAAACCACUUCUCAUGAACCAGUGAAUAUUCAAAAGAGCGCCAAAUUUGAAGCCUGUACAAAAGCUUAUCCCUAUAACACAUGUGCCAUAAUAUACAAACUUCUACUUGUCAGUCCUUAACAUCUACCUCUCUGAAUUUUCAUGAAUUUCUAUUUCACAAGGGUAAUUAUUUUAUAUACACUGGCAGCAGCAUAUAAUAAAAUAGUAUAAACAUU